AUAAUAAUCAACACGCGUAAAUGUUCCUCGGCGCGUUUGGUACCGAAGAAAACAUCUGUCUGAAAUCUUCUACUGUCGCAUUGUCACUUUUUGUUUCAUUUUCCAUAUCAUUCUUUCUUUGAAGCCAAGCAAGAAUCACAAGCCCCCAAAAAUUCUCCAUCUUUAUCCUCUUCCCACCAAACUGUUUCAUACACCUAAUUCUGCCGUUUUUUUUUUCGAUUUUCAGUGCAAAAAAUGUAAUUGGGUUUUGAUCCGAUCGUCUCCGACAAUAUUAAUCCCUUUGAUUCCGAGUGAAAGAAUUUUCCUUUUUUCGAGUUCGAUCCAGAAAUUUCAAUUUUCCCAGUUUUGGAUACUGUGCGAAGUCACUUGAUCCUCUCGUUUGCAGAACCCGUUUCUGAGUUUGACUUGAACCCUAUAAAUCCCGAUCCCUUUUUGUUGGUUCGGUGCAUAAAAGUUCGAGUCUUGUGAAUCGAUCGCUUAUCGGUCUGAAUCCGAGUGAAAAUGGAAACCCUACCGUCUCCUUUCGGAGACCCGGCUCCGAAUUUGUCGGAUUCGGAGCUCCGUGAAACCGCUUACGAGAUCCUCGUCGCCGCUUGCCGGAGCACCGGCAGCCGCCCGCUCACUUACAUCUCUCAGUCGGAGAAGUCAAGUUACCUUGGCUCUGCGGCGGCGGCGACUCUCUCGCCGUCUCCGUCGCUUCACAGAUCGCUGACUUCGACGGCGGCGAGUAAGGUGAAGAAGGCGUUGGGGAUGAAGUCGAGGAAGAGUGGCGGCGGCGGCGAGUCGUCGGGUCAAGCGGGUCAGACGGGCCGAGUGAAGAAAGCGGUCACGGUGGGUGAGUUGGUUAGGGUUCAGAUGCAGGUCUCGGAGCAGACCGACUCAAGGAUCCGAAGGGCGCUUCUGAGGAUCGCUGCCGGUCAGCUUGGGAAGCGAGUGGAGACAAUGGUUCUACCACUUGAGCUUUUACAACAGCUCAAGGCCUCGGAUUUCUCGGAUCAGCAAGAGUACGAGGCGUGGCAGAGGAGAAUCUUGAAAGUUCUCGAAGCUGGUGUGCUCUUGAAUCCUUAUACACCAAUAAACAAGGCCGAUUCUUCCGGACAACAGCUUAAGCAAGCUAUUCGGUCUGCUCUCGAGAAGCCAUUGGAGACUGGUAAGAACACAGGACAAAUGCAAAACCUGAGGAAUCUCGUCAUGUCCCUUGCUGUCAGAUCACGUGGUGGUGGAUCGAGCUCCGAUACUUGCCACUGGGCUGACGGGUUUUCUUUCAAUCUCAGACUCUAUCAAAUGCUGUUAGAUUCUUGUUUCGAUGUUAACGAUCAGCUCUCUCUCGUCGAAGAAGUAGACGAGGUUCUUGAACUCGUGAAGAAGACAUGGCCUAUCUUGGGUAUGAACCAAAUGCUUCAUGAUGUUGUCUUUCUCUGGGUUUUGUUUCAUCGGUACGUCGUAACCGGACAAGUGGAGAACGAUUUGCUCACAGCCGCCAAUAACUUGAUUCUCGAAGUCGAGAAAGAUGCAAAGGAGAUGGGGGCAAAUGAUCAAGAAUAUUCUAAGGUCUCGAGUUCUGUUCUGAGUUUGGUUCUUGAUUGGGCCGAGAAGAAGUUGGUCGCUUACCACGAUAAUUUUAACAUCGAUAACGUCGAAUCUCUCGAAACAACGGUUUCUUUAGCGAUCUCGGCCGCGAAAGUUUUGGUCGAAGAUAUUCCUAGCGAGUACCGAAGGAAAAAGAAGCAACUCGAUGUGGGUUGGGACAGGGUUGAUAGUUACAUCAGGUCUUCACUUCGUAUGGCCUUUUCUCAGAUCAAGAGGAUGGUGGAACACAACAAGCGAUCAAAAGCUCGGCAGAACAAUCUUCCAGCCCUUGCAAUUCUUGCAGAAGAUGUCGGCCAUUUGGCAUUCAACGAGAAGGCGCUAUUUAGUCCAAUCUUGAAGAAAUGGCACCCGCUUUCAGCCGGUGUAGCGGCUGCUACCCUUCAUUCGUGCUACUCAAACGAUUUGAAGAAAUUUGUCUCGGGCAUAAAAGAGCUGACACCGGAUGCAAUACGAGUGCUCACGGCUGCUGAUAAAUUGGAAAAAGAUUUGGUUCAAAUCGCUGUUCAAGAUGCAGUAGACAGUGAAGAUGGUGGGAAAUCUGUUAUAAGAGAGAUGCCUCCUUUCGAGGCUGAAACCGUUAUUGCCAACCUCGUGAAAUCGUGGAUCAAGACAAGAGUCGAUAGACUAAAGGAAUGGAUUGAUCGAAAUCUUCAGCAAGAGGUAUGGAAUCCGAAAUCGAAUCGGUUGGGUAUUGCCCCUUCUUCAGUAGAGGUUCUAAGGCUGGUAGAUGAGACUUUGGAAGCAUUCUUUCUCCUGCCUAUACCUAUGCAUCCAGCCUUACUUCCCGAGUUGACAUCUGGUCUCGACAAGUGUAUUCUACAUUACGUAUCGAAGGCCAAAUCUGGAUGCGGUUCGAGGAAUACGUUUAUACCCACUUUGCCUGCUCUGACGAGAUGCACGGUCGGGUCAAGAUUAAACGGUGUGUUCAGGAAGAAGGAGAAACCAGUAGCUCAUCAGAGGAGGAAAUCACAGCUUGGCGCAUCGAAAGGGGAUGAUCCCUCGGGAAUACUUCAGCUCUGCUGCAGGAUCAACACUCUGCAGUAUAUUCGUGCAGAAGCAGAAUCUUCGGGUAAAAAGACAGUAGCCCGUCUCCCGGAAUCGGAAUCUAGCGCGUUAGAUGAUGUCUCGGAUGGUAAAGGAAAGACCUUUGAACCGUCGAUCACAUCUUGUUCUAAGGGAAUACAGCAACUGUGUGAAGCAACUGCCUACAAGAUCGUGUUCCAUGAUCUGAGCAAUGUCCUGUGGGAUGGGCUUUACAUUGGAGACGCUUCUUCUUCAAGGGCUGAGCCUUUUCUACAGGAGCUCGAACGGUAUCUGGAGAUAAUUUCGACGACGGUUCACAACAGAGUCAGGACGAGAGUCAUAACCGACAUCAUGAGAGCUUCCUUCGAAGGGUUCCUCUUGGUUUUGUUUGCAGGUGGCCCAUCUCGAGGCUUUACCCUUCAAGAUUCUGCAUUUGUAGAAGAGGAUUUCAAGUUUCUCUGCGAUCUGUUCUGGUCAAACGGAGAUGGGUUGCCUCUGGAUUUGAUCGAGAAGGUAUCUGCAAUGGUGAAGAGUGUUCUGCCAUUGUUAAGCACAGAGACAGAGUCUCUGAUCGAACAGUACAAAGCGUUGUGUCUGGAGAAUUUCGGUUCAGACAGAGGAAAGCUUCCAUUGCCGCCGACUUCUGGUCAGUGGAAUCCGACAGAACCCAACACUCUUCUUCGUGUUUUGUGUUACCGUUAUGAUGAGGCCGCGACCAAGUUUCUCAAGAAGACGUAUAACCUGCCGAGGAAGAUAACAUGAAAAAAAGCCUUGGGGAAGUAGGUGGUGACCAUGACCGGAGUUAACCGGAAACUGGUCUUUGCUAUUAACCGGUCUUUUUGGUUAAAUGCCUAAUUAACCCGGACGUGGGUUGGUUCGAUUUUGAAAGCCCGGGUGGUGUCGGGAUUCAUCCGUUUGGCUUUGAAGGCGGUAUAUUGCACCGGUUAAGCAACGAUUGGUUUGGUAUCCUCGGUUUUCUUUGGUUUUCCAUGGUUAUUGAUACAUGUUCAGGUACAAAUUUAACCGUAUUCUUUUUGUAUAUUUAUAAACUUGUUUGUGUUUUCAUUACCAACAAAAAAAAAACUUGUUUGUGUUUGGGUACAAUACAAACAUGUCUGAAUAAUUGGUGUGAUUUUUUUUUCA